AUGGAAAACAACAAUCAGACGCUUCAAAUGGACCAUACUACCCUUUCACGCCACUGUCCAUGGCAAGUCGACACACCUCAACCAAUCUCCCGGGACCAAUGGCCCACCGAAGAAGGUCUCCAAUGGGGGUCCGAUCCCAGCUUCUGCUACCAUGGCUACUCUAGUCCCAUCGGUACCUGGACAGAGGAGCGGCUCGUGCAAAACCUGAUGCGGAACAUGGCCAGUUUCUGUGCUACCAUGGAGAUCGGCUUCGAUGUUCCUGAAACCAUACAUGAGACAUCUCAGAAGCAUAUACUAGAUCCAUCAGAACUGAACGGAUUCACAUUACCCAUGUUCCAACCCUCGAUGAUUCCGCAAAAUGAAAGACUCUCCGAAACACCAUCACCGCCCUCUUCAUCCUCGUACCGAGGCCAAAUCCUCUCAUUGGAUGAUACCGAAUGCACACAACGGGCAAGCUGCGUCAAAUCCAGGACUCGGUCCGGGCAAAAGAAGAGAAAAUGUGUGCAAAAGCCAGGUCAGAAAUUGUGCCAUUGCCGAGCGGAAAAGAUGAGAAGGGAGCUUGUUAGAGACCGGUAUAAAGAACUCUGUCGCAUUGUGCCAGGGCUUGAGAGACAGGAAUACACGAGGAAAUAUAUUCUCGAGGAGACUGUAUUGUUGAUUCAAAGAUUGAUUCAGGGGAAUGAUACCCUUCAUCAACAACUGGGGCAGUUGAAGGAACAGGAGAAGUUGAAACAGUUGCGAUUAUUUCCUAUUGAGGACGAAGACAUGGUGGGCUGCUAG